AUGGUCCGAACGUCCGAUCGCGCCACCACGUCCUCCGGCACCGCCACGGUGGUCGUCACCCCGGAGUCCCCCGGAUCGAGCUCCUCGCGCCAGACUUCACGCAAGAAGCUCGGCCUCAAGAACUCCUCCAAGCACGACAAGAGCAAUGCCCACGCGGCGGCCGAGCAGGCUCUCGCCGAGGGGCCGUCAACACCGCCGGUUCGGCUGCGUCUGCACCAUGUCCCAGCCCAGCCGGCACCGUCCUCUGCCAAGAAGAAGGCCAAGAGCCCGCGCUCGCGCGAGCCCCCAGCCACGCCGGCCCACUCGGCCGCCUUCAGCCACGAGCUUCUGAGCCAUCCGGCCGCCCGGGCCACACAUGUACCUCCCGGGGGCGACACUCGCCGGCAUCAUGUGCCGACGAACCUGCCAAGCCCGUGGCCCCCAACUCGGGCCGGGCAGCACCCCCAGCCCUCGGCGGCGGAUGAAUGGGCGCCGGCCAUGCCGCUCCCGGCGCGCAUGGAAUGGACGCGAAAUGUCCCUGGCCUGGAGGACCUUUGCUUCUUCGACACCACCGGCCCGGAUGGGCGGCCCCUGUGCAUGCCCAUCCCGCGGGAGGCGUCCUUCGAUUUGAUCCCCGAGCUUCGUGGGCCGGCCCCCCGGCGGCCGUCCGGCCACUCUCAUCCAGGCCAGCCCGCUCACGGGCCCCCGACCAGGAGGAUGUCACGAAGCCCCAGUGCGACGAGCGUCUCCUCGGCCAGCCCGGUGGCGACUGCCACAGGGUUCGGCCCUUCGCCGAGCACUGUCCCGACGGCCGGCAGCAGCCCGAGCGCAUCGCAGCAGAGCGUCAACCGACUGGCCACGGCCCCGGUGUCGGCAUGUCCCUCGAUGGACCUGAGCCGGGGCAGCCCCUCGGGCAGUCUGACGCGCCGGCUCUUUGGCCGGCCAUUCGGCCGGAAGACCGGCCGGCGCCAGUACCAGGACCCCGGGGCCUUCGCCUUUGACCCGGCGGUCACGUUGAAUUUGACGCCGAGCCCUUCGCAGGGCAGCGUCUCUGGCGGGCAUGCCGCCCCUUCCCCUUCCGGAGCCGGUCAGCAGCCGCCGACGCCGACCGUGGCCGAGGCCGGGGUCCGGGUGAUCGAGGCCAGCCAGCUGGACCCGGCGGUGCUGUCCCAGCUGGCGGCCGUGGCCUCGCCGACCAGCGGCCCUGCCGGCGAACGGGUUGUCGACCUGACCAAUGCCACGCCCGAGCAGAUUGAGGACUUCUUCCGCCAAGCAGCCGAGAGUUCGCUCGGGUCCGCUUCGGCCGGAGCCGAGUCCGCUGGCGAGACUGUGGCACCUGACGUGGCCUUCGCAGAUCUCGCAGCAGGACCAUCCACUCGGUCCAGCCGGUGGCGUUUGUCGAAGAAGUGGCGCUCGCGGGCCAAGCGCGUGCUUGGUGCCAUUGCCAUCACCGGCGGUGUGCUGGUGGUUGUGGGAGGGGUGGUGGCCAUGACGGUGCUCUUCCCGCCGGGGCUCUUCCUGCUAUUGCCGAUCGUGGCGGCGGUCGGUGUCACCGGUGCCGAUGCCAUCACCAAUGCCCGGGGCAGCGAGCUUGCCGGGGAGCAUGACGACUCCAUCCGCGCUGACAGCGACCCAGUCGGGCGCGCGCUGGCCGAGGACUUUGCCGCGGCCGACUUCCAGGCCGAAGGGGCCCUCGACCGGCCGGCGGUCUUCGCCUCGCCGGUGAGUGGCUCGGCCUCUCAACGGCCAUCGGUAGAUGACCACCAUGAGGGGGAGUAUGUGGUCGAUGAGCCGAUGCCCGUGGCGGUGGCCUCCUCCGACCCGAUCCCCGGCGCCAUCCCCGCCUACCCGCCGCCCUCGUAUGAUGAGAUUUUCUCGUGA